AAUCAGACUGUGCAAGACUCUCUAAACUCAUACCUCGGGCGGGAGAAGCCGAGAAAACGGGCUCCGAACGGGGAAGAGAGGAGGCGGAGUCAGCAGACGAGGACCAGAAAAAGGCCUCAGCUGCCCCGACGCCUUCGGAGAUAUCACGCUGCGAUCCCCAUGACUCAGCAACCGCGGGGCCUGAGCCACGGGGAUAGCACAUCCGACCGUCUUCCGAAAGAGAGCCGCACGAGACCUCAGCACCCUCAGGGACCGGGCCUCGCUAUGGCCGCAGGCAGCCCCCCGAGAGCUGCCUGGGCGUGCGACAUCCCCAGACAGGAACACACAUCUCAUGAGUCUCCCCAGCCGCGAUGUAGCGUGGGCAUGGAAAAACAACGUGUCGGAACUGAUUACCAGACAUGGUCUCUACUGCUUCGUCAGGAUUUCCAGGUGGUCAAGGGCGCGGACACUACAACCGCUGCACCUACAACCACUACAACCGCUGCACCUACAACCACUACAACCGCUAAGCCUACAACCACUACAACCGCUAAGCCUACAACCAAUAACGGCUGCGGAGGGAGGAACAACAACGGCUCCGCCCUGCUGCUUCCGUUGGCACUUGCAGUCUGUGUCCUCUACGGCUGGUCUUAAAGACCGGACUGAUGGCUCUUCACCUUUGGCACACACCGCCAAAAUGGCUGGACUGGGGACACAUGUUUUUUUGAAUCACUUCUCUUCCAAAACACAUUUUCUGUCAUUUUCGCUCGUUCAUUAAGUGCUGUGUUCAGACCUUGUAGCUAUGCACCAACCGGGGACACUCCCUGCUGUGUUUAUAUAGCUGGCUUGCCCACUAUGCAAAGGUAUGUGCUCCUUGAUGCAGGCAAAGUGAUUUUUAAAAAGCUUAAAAAAAUUUGCAUUCUGGAAAUGGCCUAUGUGACGUAGGCUAAAUAUGACUAGUGCUUUUGGAACUUAAAUGUGUAAUAAAAUUUGACUUUUAAUGGAUAAAA